AUGCAGUCGAGACCAAGAGGACUGAAUGCUGGGCUUAUACUGCUCCUUUCUCAAAUCUUUCAUGUUGGCAUCAAUAAUAUUCCACCUGUCACCCUGGCCACUUUGGCUGUCAACAUCUGGUUCUUCCUGAGUCCUCUGAAGCCACUGUAUAGCUCCUGCCUCAGCGUGGAGAAGUGUUACCUAGAGAAAGACUGGCAGCACUUACUGCUCUCCCCCUUUCACCACGCGGAUGACUGGCAUCUGUAUUUCAAUAUGGUGUCCAUGCUAUGGAAAGAAAUACAUCUGGAAAGAAGACUAGGAAGCUGA